UCCUGCCAGGAUUUCGGACCGCCGCAGCCACGACAUGAGCAGCAAACAGCGGCAGGGUUUUCCUCUAUUCCAUUCUGUUUGGUGUCAGACUAAUCAUCGCGAGUCGCCCACCAGUGCCAUCCAGGUGGGUGUCCUUGAAAUCCCCCUGCCAGAUGCUACUGCUCUCGUGGGUCGAUCGGCGGAGAAGCGAGCAACAAGAAUGGCGUCGAUCUCUUCCGGGCCCUCGUCGCAGCUGACGAUCAAAUGGCUGGGCCUGGCAGCGUCGAUUUGGAUCCAGGCAUUUGCCGGCAACGCCUACACCUUCUCGCAUUUCUCGCCGCGGCUCAAGGCGGUGCUCCACUACUCGCAGAUUGAGCUCAACAAUCUGGGCGUGGCCAAGGACAUCGGCGAGAAUGUGGGGCUCAUCACUGGCUAUCUCUCCAACAAGCUCCCUGCAUGGCUCAUCCUCUUCAUUGGGGGGCUGGAGGCGUUCCUCGGAUAUGGCGUUCUUUGGCUCGUCGUCAGCGAAAGGAUCGCUCCACUUCCAUACUGGCAAAUGUGUCUAGCUAUUUGCAUCGGUGCCAACAGUGCCACAUUCUUCAACACCGCGGUUCUCGUCACAACCAUGCGGAACUUCCCCCAGAGCCGAGGUACUGUUGUGGGAAUCCUCAAAGGCUUCGUUGGUCUCAGUGGUGCCAUUUUCACCCAGCUCUACACGUCCUUCCUCUUUAAGAACCCGGUCUCGUUGUUGCUGCUUCUUUCCACCAGUCCUUUCGCCGUGUCCGUGGCUUGCAUGGGUUUCGUUCGUCCAGUUCCCGACGCCACCCGUGAACCCGAAGAGAAACGAAACUUUUUCCUCGUUCAUGUUAUUUGCGUGUCCCUCGCGCUCUACCUUCUCGUCGCCACUUUUGUCCAGGACUUUCUCCCGAGUAAUCCAAUCGUCUCCGGAGUUAUAGCCACUGUCAUGCUCUUGUUCCUCUUUGCUCCGGUUUUCGUCGCUCUCAAGUUCUUUAUCCUCGGGUUGUUUAAGAGAACUGAGGAACCACCAUCGAGACGUAACUUGGAAAAAGAAGACGGCGGCGUGAGCGAGCCCCUCGUGCGCGAGGAAACCGUCCAGUUCCAAAUAGGAUCCACCGAAGAAGAACUCGGGCAAUCUGACGAGGAGGACGCGAGAACUCUGCCAACUUUCCGGCACGACGAUAGCUACAUCGAGCGGACCGAGGAGGAGCUCUCCUGGGACGAUCGAAAGAAAUUCCCGCCGGGGAUGAGCACCAGCGACAGCGCGACGAGUCUGAGUGAAGCCGAGAUAGAAAACGAUACGGACGUGCUGAUGGCCGUGGGAGAAGGCGCUGUGCCGAGGAAGAGAAAGCCGAGGCGUGGAGAGGACUUCAACUUGAGGCAGUCGCUGCUCAAGGCGGACUUCUGGCUGCUCUUUUUCACGUUCUUCUGUGGAGUCGGGUCGGGUGUGACGGCCAUCAACAAUCUGGGACAGAUCGGCCAGGCGCAGGGAUUCACCGACGUGACGAUCUUCGUCACACUCCUGGGGAUAUGGAACUUCCUGGGCCGGCUUGGAGGCGGAGCAAUCUCGGAGAAAUACGUCCGGAAGGCUGUUCCUCGGACUCUCUGGCUGGCCGGAGCCCAGUGCCUGAUGGCAGUCGCGCACCUCUUGUUUGCAUGGGCCGGCACGAGCUCGCUUCACGUCGGCUCCAUCUUGCUGGGCUUUUGCUACGGCGUCCACUUCUCGGUCAUGGUUCCCACCGCGUCGGAGCUCUUCGGCCUCAAGCACUUUGGCAAGAUCUACAACUUCCUCACCAUGGGCGACCCGGUGGGAUCGCUGCUCUUCUCGGGGGUCAUCGCCGGCUACCUCUACGACAUGGAGGCGCGAGACGGGCCGCAGGCCGACCAGUGCAUUGGAGCUCACUGCUUCCGGCUCACGUUCUUGAUCAUGGCUGGAGUGUGCCUCGUCGGGUCCGCCGCCAGCGUCUACGUGAGCGUCAGGAUCAAGCCCGUGUAUCAAUCUUUGUACAAGUCUGGCCGCGCGGUCAGGGACUUGCAUUGAGGAAGACAAUGAUUGUGUGAUACAAGAGCUUCCUUCCCGAUC